GAAAUGCCACAGGACCCACAAAAGCCAUAAUGCUGGCUGGCCUCAAAAUAUCCUUCCUAUUAAACUAUUUUGAAUGAUUCGUAGGUAUGCCAAAUGCCAAGUUUUCUUGGCCAGCCGGGGAACUUCUUUCUCAUGUCUUUGGAAGAAAUUAUCUUUUACUAGAUGCUCCUGAGAAAAGCGAUUUGCUAAAAGUUUUGGUUAUUUCAAAACAAUAUGUACUCAACUAGGACGUCUCCUCACCCACGUUAAUUUUUUAAAGAGAAGGAAAGUAGAAGAUGAGCACUUCAUGUGAGGCUCUGCCAGCCUACGAGGAAAUGCAAUCCUCCCGGCUCGCCCCAGCGUGGGCUGCGGGCAGAGGACCGUGACGCCUCUGUCUUGCUUUAUUCCACGGCGGGGCAGCAGAGGGCGCGUGGCUCUCAGCGCUCAGUGCGGCGCGCUCCCCGCGCCUGAAGGAUCGUAUCCCUAUUUGCCCCAAGGUCAUAGCUCCUAACCAGCUUGCCAGCCCCAGGCCGGGGACACCAGAGAGGGAGCCCUUCGGGCUGGAGACCCCGGCGCGUGUGGGGGGGGAGGGCUCCGGGGCCGGGAGACAGAUCACAAUGGGGACAGGGGAUGAAAGGCGCCAGGGGCCCGGGUCCCGAGCUGUCCCCGCCGCCGCCAGACUCCGCGCCCGGGAGGGGGAUGGGGUGCGCGUAGACGAUCCGCGGCCCCAGUCGGACGGAGGAGCCCAGGAGCCGCCGCAGCCGCCGCGCGCCGAGAGCGCCAAGCCUCGCUGCCAGCUCAGGACACCGGGGCCGUGCCGCGGGCCGAGGGGAGCCGGGCAGCGGGAAAGGAGCCCCGGAGCCCCGCCGAGCGCCGGCCGAGAGGGCGUUUUCCCCGCCCCCGGAGCCUGGCCCGCCCGGCCCGCCCCGAGCGCGGGGAGAUCACCUCCGCCCGUCACCUCCUCCCCUGUCGCCCAGGUCCACCCGGGCCCCCUCCCCCGGGCCGCCCCCGAGCACGAAGUUGGCGGGAGCCUAUAAAAGCCGGUGCCGGCGCGACCCGCGGACACACAGUGCAGGCGCCCGAGCCGCCGCCGCCGCCGCUAGACCGUUGCCGAUUCCUGCCCUGCCCCGACCGCCGGCGCGACCAUG